GAGCCCGGGCGCGAGGCUAGACUGUUGCCGCUCAGCCUCAGUUCAUCCUUGUGUGUGUGCCGCUUGUGAGAGAAGACGAUGCGCCCCCAAAAAACCCUUAAAUAACAUGUGAAUAAUAUCUGUUCUGUGUCAGGAUUUACUUCCCUGGGAUUUUUUAAUGCAGCUUGUCCAAGAAAUUCCUCCAAAAAUGGCUGAACAAACUAAUACAGCUCCACGCAUUAAGCAGGAGCGGCUGGAUGAGAGGGAGAUCAACCAGCUUGCUCAGGAGAUGGUAGAGAAGAACAAGCAGAAGAUGAUCUCCCAGGCAGCGCAGAUUGCCCAGCAGAACCAGGCCUCUCAACAGGCUCUUCAGCGUGCUGGUGGUCAGCAGAUGAUCACCUUCUACUUCAAUCGUGACAAGAGCAGCAUUACGGCAAAGGAGGACUCUCUUGUCCCCAACAAAGUAGAGGAGAAGAAGAAAGGGACCAUUGAUGAGGAGAGCCAGAGAGGGCGCUUUGGCUGGUCCACGAUCCACGAUGCCCAUAUCCCAUACUUGUUCCGGCGCGAGGACAAGUACUGUGCCGUGAGGAUGGUGGAGACGAAGCUACUAAACAAGUACCUCAACUUCCUUCCGCACGAGAUCACCACAUGCAUCCACGUGAGAAGUUACUUCAUCACAGAGGGAGAGGCCAAGUUACUGAAUGAGAUCAACAUGAAACAUUGUGAAUUUCAAUUCGGACGGGACCUCUUCACGACCAAAGAUUUAGUAGUGAGACUGCAUGAUGCACGGUGCUUUUACAAGUUCCUAGAUACAUGCUUUAAAAAGCUGGUACAAAAGUCGCCCGAGCAGAGUGAACACUGUGGAUUUGUUAGAAUUAAUGGUGAGAGUGUUGUGCCGUAUACAGUAAAAAAUAAACAAAAAUACGUACCUCUGUUUUAUUUUGAAGGUGAAACUGACACAUUGAAAUUGAAAGCAGAAAAGAUAGAUAACUGGGAACUUGCUUAUCUGAAAUUUUGUUGUAAAGUUCAGGGUAUCAGAAACGAGCUGUUUGCAAGUGAUACUUGUGCAGUGGUUAGUCUUGAGGAUGUGCAACAGUAUUUCCCCAAAGACACGCUCUUUGAAGACUGGUGGCCACAGAAAACGGCAGAACCAAUGAAAGUGAAUAGUCCUGGCACAAAACUAGGUGGAAUCUGGACACAGAGACCUCCAGUAGGCUCUCCCAGUGCCCCUCAACAGACCCAUCUAGCCUCAUCAUCAACUACGUUAACACCUAUAGCAAGCAAACCUCCGUCAAUGCCUAUUGCCACCACCGCCAGCCAUAUCACCCCUGCGGUAGCAGCGGCGGCGGCAGUGUCAGCAGCAGCUGGCAGCCCCUCAAAUUCCCUGACCUCUCUGACCAAUUCUCUGAACUCAUUCUACUCUUGGGCCAACCUGGUGAAUGGCCAGGCAGUGGCUGCAGCAGCAGCAGCCUCCGCCUACUCGGGCACUCCCAACAUGCAAGCUCUUCUGUCUGGUCUCACUAUGGAGCAAAUGAGACGGUUACAGCCUCAAGUCUCGCUGCCAGCCACCACACCGCUAAUUCCCACAAUAUCUGCAUCACAAAAUACAGUUCGGCCGCCUCCUCUAGUUAGAUCUACUUCAGCGGCUGCCUCAUCCACCUCUACCUCUUCCAACAGUCGCUUGUCUGGACGUUUGCGUAACUCCUACUCCCUUUCUAGGGCCAGCAGCACGAUAGAUGCCACGCUCCGUCAGCUGGGGUAUCCUGCACAGAUUAGCCAGUCUGCACUGAAUUCUUUAGUUAAUGCUGGAAAUUCAGCUUUACAUUCAUACAACACCAGACAGACCAACAGUAGUUCACAUCAUAAUUCAUUGGCAAAUAGCAGCUCAAAAUCCAUGUCCAAAGCCCCUCCUCCGUUAAUUCCGGUGUCAAACGGCAUGCGACCUGACAAUCUAUCUAGUCAUAAAGGUGUGGGUAGAAACGGGCUCGACAAGCAGCGCCUGGCGGAUACCCCAGCUUUUAGACCGGACCCGACCAGACAAGAACCUCCCUACAAAGUCAGAAAGUUGGUGGUUGACGGAAAGGCUGUACUCUGUAUAAACCGGACGGCCUACACUCACCAAAACCCCUCAGAUUACAAUAUGGUGGCUAUUCAAGAUGUGAUAAAGGAUUUCUUCCCAGCAGCAACCCUAACUGAAUGCAUUGAGGUGUUCCAAAAUGUCCUGACAGUUACUGUAUAUAAAGCCAAUUGGCAUCAAGUUAACACAUUGAUGGAAGCUUGGGGUAGUGCUGUUGCUCCAGAUGUUGUACCACUGAUCUUCGUGUCUGACCUCAACACGUAUCUCUCACAGAUCAAGUACAUUUUCCAACGACACAAUGCCCUUGGCCAGCCGCAGGCAAAACGGAUAAGGACAACUUGAUGGUUAGAGGGGUUGUAGUGAAGGGUACAAUACAGUAAGACCUCAUUAUUGGUGUAUUUUUUUAUACCCAGUGAGAAGUUCACAGUCUUUUCUGUUCAAUCAACCAAAGUUAUCAUCAGGAAAUAAAUUGGCAUCUUGAAGAAAGAGCAAGUUUCUGAAGUAUCUGUUUUAUGUUGUCAACCAGUUAAAGAGGUUUUGGUGUAUAUGUAUGUUGGAAGGUCAGAUGGCAACAGGGAUCAGAGUUAGCCAAGAUGAACUGUUGUAGAACGCUGUCAAGAUGGUACUGUUGUAGUAUUUAAUGAAAGACUCUCGGUAAAGGAGCCGCGAAGUAUAUGUGAUAGUAAAACUGAAAAAGUGUAAGGUGUGCUGAGUAUGGACUAGAUUGCAUGCCUGAGUUGCUGGGAAGCUUGAACAUGUAUGUUGACCAACCCAGUUUGUUUGAUAAGAAAUGUUAAUAUAAAAGGAGAAAGUAACAACCAAGUAUUCAGUUGAAAAUAACUGGUACACUGUAUUUCAUUUGUACGAAAAAUGAAAUUGUGUUCCAUAUGGGAUUGUUACUUUUGAUUUUUAUUGUGAAGUUGAACAUUACAAAGGAUGAAUGUUGUGCAGUAGAGAAGAAAUGUUACAGGUAUUUUCUCUCGUAUUUAAUCUUGCCUCAGAAGGGGUCAGGGAUAGUUCAGCAGGGUGGCAAUACACGCAGGAGAAAAGUAAGGUUGUGUAUGCUAGUGCAAGACUGGUCAGGUUUGCAGUAUAUGGCCCUGCUCAGCAGUCAGCAGAGAAUCUCGCCCUGCCCACAACAAUGACCUGAGAUAACCAAAUCAGGGAUUGAGUUGAUGUAAUUUUUGUAUUUCAUAUGAUGAAAGAAAAAAAAAAAUGUAUGUUGAACUAUAUUUUUUUGUUGAUUUACUUUGGUCUUACCAUUUUUCAUAAUGUCUUUACUUAUUUAUUUACAUUAUUUAUAUUUUUUUUAUUUCCCUUUCUUUCCAGCCUUUGCAUCAAAGAGCCAUUACCUAGUAUACAAGUAAUUUCUUAUCAGAAAUUUACUUUUAUAUGACAUACAGCCUCUGAUAUUGCUUUGAAUAUUGUGACCUGUAUACUGCCUUAUAUUUUAACUCGUGAAAUACACAAGUCCACAAUUCCAAGAAGGAAACUUCAAUUUUCUAAGAGUAGGGCAACAGCUAUUAACACUUUGUUACUUGAACAAGCUGUAGGCCUAGUAUGAAGUUGGUAUUGCAUAACAUGAUUUUGAGGGUAAGCUCAACGGCAAAGUGUUAACAAUGAGGCACAUUAUGACUUCUGUGAAAGUCAUUUUCUUUGUACCUGAAAUUUUUUCCCAAUAUAAAGUUCCCCCAGCAGAAUGCUUAAGACAGUAUUAUCAGAGUGGCAGAUGGCAUCAUGUGUGAAUGUUCUGUAGAGGCCACAUGGAAUUAUGGCUGUGGUUUUAGUAGUGACAUGCUUCUGUCUCCAGAACUAUGCCUUCACUCAUGUAAUAAAUGUUGUUUUAUAAAAGAAACAAAUGUUUUUAUUUUCAUGAUCACGUUUUCAUUUCUGUAAAAUGUACAUAACUUGCAUUUAAAUUUGCAGAGCAUAAAUGUUUGAUUAGUUGUGAAGAAGAUAUGUUGAUGUUUUUGAAGCUGAAUUAGCAGCCUUUACACAUUACACAUUGUGCUGCUCUUGUGCACUUUCCCUUGCUCUAGGUUUUUUUUGGGCAAAAUUUAGUUUUUGAAACAUCCAGAUAUUUUUGAGUUUUGACAAAGCUGAAGAAGCUUUUACAUUGGGUAGGUUCAGCUCAUUAUUUUGGUUCAGUAAUAUUGGUCAUCUUCUUUUGUUCCUCUGCAGUGGGUUUCAAAAUCUGGAGCUUCAUUUUCCAUUACACGUAAAAGUAAUGCCUGUGUGUUUUUAUUCCAUCCAUUGUUUCUUGUUUCUUACUCAUAAUUGUUAAUUUAUUUUUAUAUUUUGUUGAGAGUAUUUAGUCUUUUCAUUCUAUCAAACCAGGAUUUCAGUAUAUUGUAGGAUGGCAUGCAAACAGUACAAGGUGCUUUUAUAUACUUACAGAAAAAAUGAAUAAAUGUGAAAAGAAAUGUACUGUUAAUGUAUCACAAGUAGAAUUUUCAUAGGUUUGUUUAAAAUAAAGGGGAAAAAAAUAUCAUCUUCCUUCCUUAUUUUCUGUUGUAAAGGACAAACUUUUAAUUAUUUUGAAGUAGAGCUUUAUAAAUCAAAAGAAGGACAUGUUUCAGUUUAAUGCCAUGUGGUUUGGAUCUAACAUUGACAAGCCAGCUAAGGGAUGCCAGUAUAAAGCCAAGGUUGUUAAUAAUAUAGUAAUUAACAGUGCAAACCAUAUGCCUUGCAUAAUGUAGCCAUGCCAGGAGAUCUAAUUAUUUAACAAGGAGUUUAUUACAUCUUGAUAUGAGGGUAUUUGUUUGUGGGAUAGUCUUAUCAAACGUUAUUUUUAGCAGUCUUUAAUUUUUUCUUAGCUUGGAGGUAAUGAUCACUUACAAUAACAGUAAUAUUUAAUUGAUAAUGGUGUAGACUGUCCAUUUUUCAAAUCAUUCAAGCUUUUCUUCUUUUUUUUCUUUUUUAGCAUUGAUUGGAAGAAUUACACUGCAUUUAUCAUCAUACUCUAAUGCUGAGACUUUUAAUGCUUAAUAUAAACUUGUAGCAUCAGCUGUUGAAUUUAUUUUACUUUUACUGUUUAUAAUAUAGAUAUGUUCUUUCAUUGUUAUUUUUUAUGGGUAUUUUUAACUUCAUUGAUUUUAUCUUCAUUAUCAUUAUAUGUUUUAUGUUUUAAGUAAAGUUUCUGAGCUGCGGCUGUAACUUGUUAAAACAUGAUAUAUUGCCAGCAUUUUAUUUAUUUUUUUUUUUUUUUUUUUUUUUUUUUUUUUUUUUUGCUUUUUUUUUUUUUACAUAUAAGGUAUUUAAUUUAGAUCUAAUAAAUAAUGUAUUAGAUGUGAAAGGAAACAGUUAAAAAAAGGGAUUGGAGUUGUGGAUUUGAGUUUUUCGAGAGAGGGUUUGAAAAGGUCAUCAAACAGAUUCUCCUUGAACGGUACUUGUCAAAGUGAUUAUCAUGGCCGUGGUAGACUUCUUGAUGCCAGUGGGUACAAGUUUUUGUCAUGGAUACAAUUCCUGAAAAUUGGGUCAUUUGUUGAGCAGGCUUUACAACAAAGGUACAAGAUAUUCAUGUCAGUUUAAUUUGCCCCCAUAUCAUUAUAUUUAAGAGUAGUCUAGGUUAUUUUUUACAAAUGUAAAGGUAAGCUAACAGAAGUAUUUAUGAAACAUGUCAGCCAGUGCCAAUACAGAUGCAGUGGAACUAUUUAAACUUGUGACAAUAGUUUUUUCUUUUCUUUUCUUUUCUCUUUUCUUUUCCUCCUUCUGUUUUCUUUUCUUUUUUCUUUGAAACUUGGCAAGUGUCACUCGCCUUUUUUGCAGAUGAUGUGAUCCUUAUCAGGCUUCAUUCAUAGCUAAAGUUUACACCACAUGAAAUGUCUGCGCUUUAUGCUUACCAGUUUUUUCAAUCUUUGGAGCAACUUGUCAUAUCUUUCCAUUCCAAUACAUGAUAGUCAUAACCACAAUGUAACUUAGGCCAAAAUACAGCCUUACAUGAGGAUUCAUAAAUACUUUGGUGCAGUCAUUCCUGAUACUGAUUAGCUUUAUGUGUGAACAUGGCGUAAAGUUAAAUAUGUUGAAAGUACACAGACUAGUAUUGGGGAUUUGCCAUUAAAGUAAUGAUUUAUCCUAGUGCAAAGCUUCAGAACUCAGGCUCGGAAAGCCUACGAAUGCUAGCAGAUAUACAGGUUAUUUAGCUAGUAUUAUUAUUUUAUUGUGAAAUAAACACGUCAUAGACACAAGGAGUUCAUGGGAUCUUCAGGAAUGAUGCAGUUCUAAUGAGCCUCAGAAAUGUGUCAGUUCAUUGUAAAAAUUUUGUAUAUAUACAAAUAACUUAUUCCCUUUUGUGAAUGUAUAUUUGUAAACAUAUGACACCAAAUAAAAUGACAAAUAUUUAU